UGGAAGUGCGUGGGCAAAUGUAGGCACAACAAAUCAAUUGACGAUGCUGUUGGCAGAUUAAACACGCUAGAGAAACCAAAAAGACAGGUCAUGGUGGAAAACUCCCCUUCUCCUGUUCCCGAGAGAGCCAUAUAUGGCUUUGUUUUAUUCCUUGGCUCACAGUUUGGCUUCUUUCUGUACUGUGUGUGGGCAUACAUCCCAGAGGAGUGGCUCCAUUCAGUAGGACUCACUUACUGGCCUCAAAAAUAUUGGGCACUGGCUGUCCCAAUCUAUCUGCUGGUCGCAUUAACUAUCUUUGUUGUGAUGCUCUACGGAGUGAACAUGUACAACACGGCGCCGCUUGACUGUGUCGACACCAUUACUGAUGUAUAUGCAAGAGGCCAAAUGAAUGAAUUGCCCCAGAAAAGUCAAAUACCAAGACUAAAGGACAUGCCCAUCAGUGAAGUCAGCAAAAUGUUGUACUUGUCACCUAAGUUAUAAACAUGUUUUACUUUUUGCAGACAAAUGAAUGGUAAAGAUUAAGUUAUGCAAUGGAUAGAAAUGUCUUUUUUAAUAUACAUAUAUUCUUUAUAUGUACAGUAUGUUGUUUUUAUUAAUAAAGAGUUUGUUUUGAUGUAUUUUAACAAUAUGUAUGUCUCACUGAUGGCAUAGUACACAUGAAAUAAUUAAUCAUUCAUGCUAACCUGUGAACGUAAAUAUGAAUAGGUAAUGUAUUUAUAUGGCAUACUGUCUUUUUAGACUUGAUUUAAUGCAGAAUAAAUUAAAUAUGCCGUUUAUAAAGAAAAUCAUUGUUUUGUACAAUACUGUGUACAGUACAGGUUUAAAAAAAUGCACUUGAGUACACUAG